AUGGACGUCCCCGAAAGAGAAGAUAUUUCAGGGAACAUCAAAAUCUAUAAACGGUCUUCCAGCUAUAUUCGAAUGGACACCGACUUUGGCCUGGAGAUGCUUUUUAAGGUUACUGAAGUUUUCCAGGUGUACAUUACAGUUGGAGUGAUGUUCUAUGGAAGCACCAAUGGGCUAUGUGGUAAUUUCAAUGGAGACUCCACAGAUGACUUUACAAGCAGUAUGAAAAUCAUCGAAGAGAAGCCACGUUUUUUUGUGAAUUCUUGGAAAGUUACAGCAAACUGUGGAUCUGCUUAUGAUGAGGAUUCAGACCCAUGUUCAUUAAGUCAAGUAAAUGAAAUCUUUGCAGAGACCCAUUGUUCAGUAUUGUUGGAUGAGACCUCUAUAUUUGGACAAUGUCAUGCGUUUCUAGAUCCGACAGAAUUUUAUAAGAACUGUAGGUUCGAAACGUGCAACUAUGAGCAAACGAAUGACUUCAUGUGUGCAAGCCUGGCGUCGUACGCCUUUGCCUGUGCCAAAAGGGGCGUCAUUCUGGUGGGCUGGAGAAGUCUCAUGGAUGGAUGCAGAAUUCUGUGCCCUUACAAUCAGGCCUUUGGUUACGACUCCAGAAUGUGUAACCACACCUGCCUGUCACUGUCUAAUCCGGACUUUGAGUGCACUUCAGUGGAUCCUCCAGUGGAUGGCUGCAGCUGCCCAGAGUACACAUACAAGGACGACACUGAACGAUGUGUCAGUUCAGCCGAGUGCCCAUGCUACCUGGCUAAUGUGGCCAUUGCACACGCCAACCAGGAGAUAACUCUUUUCGGAGGAACGUGGACAGCUGACUCCACAGACUCGGGCCAGCGAGAUACCAGGUGCACAGCUGUGGUGCCAGCUGCAAGAACGUCUGCAGCCAACCCCCAGCGCCCCCGUGAGCCGCCAAAUGUCCAUUUCCACUUAGUUUCGGAGCUGCGACGGUGCGUCCUGCCCAGUCCGCUGGGGCUGACAGGGACUGGGGCAUCCGCCAGGGCAGCCACUGGAGUUGACCUGCCUGAUGUGGUCCCUGUGAGCUGGGCUGUCUCCUCUGAGCGUCCUGUCAGGAGAGCGGAGGAAGCAGAUAACACCGAGCAGCUUCAGAGCUCCCCACACACGGAUCAGCCACCUCCCAGAGUCCAGCGCGUGUGCUGCAGCCAAUACACGUGUUCCCCUGUGCACUCGUUCCACGGGUGCCUCGGCGGUGAGGCCGGCACCCCUCCGUCACUGGAGGCCUCUGGCUAUUAUGCAGAACAUUGUUACCCUCCCAAAGUCUUCUUUAAUUGUGAGAAUGCACAAGAGGGUGAAUAUGGAGCUGCUUGUGCACCAACAUGUCAGAUGCUUGCAGCAGAAAGUCAGUGUCUGCCAACAAAAUGUGUGUCUGGCUGUAUUUGUCCGAAUGGAUUGGUGCUGGAUGAGGAGAAGGGAUGUGUUCAUCCUGAUAAUUGCUCCUGUGAAUACGGAGGCCAUCCCUACGCACAGGGUGAGGUCAUUGUGAAGGACUGUAUGACGUGCUUUUGUGCCAGAGGAAAGUGGAAUUGCCAAGGGAGUGCAUUGUGUCCUUCAACGUGUAUGGUUCAUGGAGAAGGUCAUAUCACCACAUUUGAUAGGAAGCAAUAUGUGUUUGAUGGGAACUGCGAAUACAUCUUAGUUCAGGAUGCUUGUUCUGCCAUGUUCACACAGCCAUCAUUCAAGAUAGUGGCAGAAUAUGUCAUUUGUAGCCGCUUAAAAACAGUUUGCACCAAAGCGAUAAAGGUGUACUUCAAGGACUUUCUAAUCAAGAUGACAGAUGCCACUUACAAGGUCAUACCUGAGAGUGCUGUCGGGAAAUUCACUGUGAUUCGCAACCAGAUGUAUCUCACAUUUUACUUCGGAGAUCCUGAAACUCUUCAGCUAAUAGUAACAUGGAAUUUAAAAAUGAACACUUACAUACAAAUUGUUGGAUCAUUAAAGUUUUCAGUGUGUGGACUCUGUGGCAAUGCCAAUGGUAAUAUAAAAGAUGAACUGAUAACUCAGACCCACUAUUCAGCUUUCACUUUAAUGAGCUUUGUAAACUCUUGGAAAGACGAUCCCUUGUGUGAGGAUGUGACUGAGGUUGUGUACCCAUGUACCAAAAAUCCAUAUCGGAAGUCCUGGGCUGAGAAGAGAUGCAAAAUAAUUCCCAGUGAUGUAUUUCAACCUUGUCACAAGUUGCUCCAUUGGUUUCCCUACUAUGAUAAAUGUAACCGAGAUGCGUGCGGCUGUGAACUGGUUGGGGACUGCGAGUGUCUCUGUGAUGCUGUUGCAGCCUUUGCUAAAGCAUGCUUAGAUGCUGGAGUCUGUAUCGAUUGGAGGACCCCAGACUUCUGCCCUGUGAACUGUGAUUUUUACAACACUCAUGAGCAAGAAACUAAUAAUUAUAAAUAUGAUGGUGACAUGGGAUGCAAAUGGCACUACCAACCUUGCUUAUGCCCUAAUGCUCCAUGGAUCUUCUCAAAGACCAAUAUGGAAGGUUGUUACAAUUGCAGCAUAGAUGAGUACUAUGAUGCAGGACAGCAGCGCUGUGUGCCAUGUGCUCCAAUGCCCACAUCAGCUCAUCCUACAUCAGUAAUGUCAACUCAGAUUUCACCAAGCGGUAUGGUGUAGCUUCUUCAUUAUCAGAUCUAUGGUGCUAACACUCCACUGGACAGGCAACACUCCACUUGUUUAUAAGUUUUUGCUAACUAUGCUAA